AUGGCAGAAUUAAGAAAUUUGCUCAUCUCGCAAGUUGAAACAAUCGACUCGAUAAAGCGAGUUCUCGUUAACUUCAAGAAAUUAGCGAAAGCUAAUGUUACAUUAGCAAAGACGCAGGGGCGUCUUGCAACGCUGGAAACGCUUUGGACUUCCUGUCGAGGGCUACACGUCAAGCUGCUGCAAGCCACAACUUCGGAGAAGCAGAAGACUGUCUCGUAUUUCCUGAAUGGAGACUUCCUGAGCGCCGAGGAGAUCUACCACGACACGGCCGACCUCCUUCGCGAUAGGAUAAGUCGAUUCUCAAUUAAUCAAUCUCCGUUGUUAGAACACAGUACUGAUUCUUCAAUUCGCGAGGGCAUUCAUAAUCACAAUUUUCAGUUGCCACGGAUCUCACUUCCGAAGUUUUCGGGCAAGUUCUCCGAAUGGGAGAGCUUUAAAAAUAUUUUCGAGUCUCUUGUCGCGAGUAAUGAUUCUCUCUCGAACACGCAGAAAUUUCAUUACCUCAAAACGAGCGUCAUCAGUGACGCUGCCUCGAUUAUUAGUAAUUUAAAGAUUUCCGACGCUAAUUAUGAGUCCGCCUGGCAGUUGUUGAUUGACGAGUAUGACGAUCAACUUACGUUGAUCCAUACUCACAUUCAUGCCUUCAUGUGCCUACCGACAAUGAAGGCGGAAAACGUCGCGGAAAUGCGAAAGUUGAGAGAUACCGUGUCCGCAUCUCUAGCGGCUCUCACUAAUCUAAAGCGGCCGGUACGCGAGUGGGAUGACAUUCUCGUCUACGUCAUCUCUCAAAAAUUUAGUUCGAAAACAAGGAGCGAAUGGAAUUUAAAAAUUUCGUCAAGUCGCGAGCUUCCUUCGUACAAGGAUAUUCAUGAAUUCCUCACGCUUCGAAUACGAGGUCUGUCGGACUUCUCCGACAAUCCUAAAGUAAUCGUCAAUUCUAAGAGUGACAAAACGCAGUCCUCCGUUCAUAAUCUUUCCGCGAUUAAGUGCAUUUGCUGUUCCGGCAGUCAUUCGGUAAUGAAGUGCGAGGAAUUUCGUCGGAAAAACGCGACACAGCGGCAUGCAAUCGCGCGACAGAAUCGGGUCUGCUUCAAUUGUUUGCGAGCGGGACAUUUCACGCCGAAAUGCUCGAGCAAAAUUCGAUGCGCUCAUUGUCAACGCUCUCAUAACACAUUGUUACACAAUGAGAGUGAUCAAAAUAAGGACACAGCGGAAAAUUCCCGUUUAUCGAAUUCGAGCGUUAAUGCGUCUACUACCACGAGUAAGACUGUCGUAGUCGGCGACGCCGCCGUCGCCAACGUGCAAACUCUCAAACCAUUAAGUCAAACGCUUCGCACUAAACGACAGAGAACCGAUCUUCAAAUAAAAGGUUUCGGGGAGAAAUAUGCCGGUUCUGCGCGAUCGAGAGUUUCGCUAAAUUUGACGCCGUGCGAAAAAUUGAAUCCUGUUUUUCCGGUCACUGCGUAUGUAUUCCCGCGAAUAACUUCGUACGCCGCGUCGCGAAUUCGGCCUAUAGAAUCAUGGCCUCAUUUACAGGGCCUUUCACUAGCAGAUCCGGAUCCAUCUAGUCGACAUCAGAUUCACAUGCUGAUCGGCGCGGACGUGUACGGUUCGCUCUUAUUGCGCGACCUGAGACAGGGCCCCUAUGGAGCGCCCACUGCCCAAUCGACCGCGUUCGGUUGGAUAAUCUCUGGACCGACCGGAAGUAAAGAAACUACUUCACAAGAAGUAGCUGUUUUGAAUUGCGUAUCCGCGCUGGAUGUGGACUCUCUCCUCCAGAAAUUCUGGGAGGACGAAGAGAUUCCCACGCCAACUCCCCUCACGGAGGAGGAGGAAAAAUGCGAAUCUCAUUUCGCUCAAACGCACAGUCGUGAUCCUGACGGUCGUUAUGUCGUGAGAUUACCCUUCAAAAAUGCUUUGCCGAUCGAUAUCGGGGAAUCUCUUUCCAUAGCGCGUACAUUGUACGGUCGUCUGGAAAAUAAAUUGAAUUCAAAAUCCGACCUCUGUUCGCUAUACAGAGACUUUCUUACAGAGUACGAGGCCCUUGGACAUAUGACUCGCGUUGGCGAGUCCGAACCCACUGAGAAUAUACCGAUUUAUAUUCCCCAUCAUCCAGUAAUGAAAGAGGAUAGUUGCACCACAAAGCUUCGAGUCGCAGACAUCGCCAAGAUGUUUCGACAAAUACGCGUGCAUCCGCGGGACGUCGAUUACCAAAGAAUCCUGUGGCGUCCGACGGAUGACGCUCCGCUUACUCACUUUCGCCUUCUUACAGUGACGUAUGGUUUAGCAUCGGCACCUUAUCUUUCGAUGCGCGUGCUUCGACAGCUCGCGCUUGAUGAAGGUGCAAAGUUUUCUGCCGCGGUACCGAUCGUCAAUGAUUCCAUUUACGUGGACGACGCAUUGUUCGGAGCAAACGAUAUCGAUUCGUUAAUAAAUACGCGAACUCAGCUCGCUGAGCUAAUGAGGCGCGGAGGUUUUUCACUUCGUAAAUGGGCUUCAAACUGUAGCGAGCUUCUUGACGAUUUAUCCAGCGAUCAAUCGGACGUUACCGAUCACCUCAUCCUAAAGGACGAAACGUUGAAAAUACUCGGAUUAUCAUGGCUCCCUACGGAAGACUCCUUCCGCCUUACUGUGAAAUUUAAUUUUCCUACCGCGUUAACUAAGCGUUCAAUCCUGUCGUGCAUCGCGAGCUUGUAUGACCCCCUCGGAUGGGCUGCGCCGGUUGUAAUAAACGCAAAAAUCAUUCUGCAAGAGCUAUGGCUUUUACAUUGCGACUGGGAUGCUCCGCUUCCGAACGAAUUGAGUCAACGGUGGAAUGCUUUCGCUUCCGAGUUCCCGCAAUUAGAAUCCGUUAGAAUUCCUCGGUGGACGGGUCAGAGCCCUGAUAAUCUCGCGUUAGAAAUACAUGGAUUCGCCGACGCUUCAAAUCGCGCGUACGCUGCGGUCGUAUACUUGCGCGUUUUCCAUUCUCUUUCGGAAUACCGUGUUAGCUUGAUCGUUGCGAAGUCGAAGGUGGCUCCCGUCAAGACUGUUAGCAUUCCGCGGCUCGAGCUCAACGCCGUUGUUUUAUUGAGUCGACUCGUUAAGUGGGUAAUUAAGUCAUUAAAUAUUAUUCAUUGUCCGAUCCAUUGUUGGACGGACUCCACGAUCGCGUUGGCAUGGUUACGCCAACAUCCAUCGAAAUGGACUACGUACGUAGCAAACAGAGUAUCCGAGGUGCAGUGUAAUCUACCCUCGGCCAAAUGGAAUCACGUACCGUCCAAAGACAAUCCGGCCGACUGUGCAUCCAGAGGGUUGUACGCAUCCAAGUUAGUCUCACAUCCGUUAUGGUGGGCGGGCCCGCCUUGGCUUCAACGGCCUUCAACAGCAUGGCCGCCACAUAACAUUGCUUCUCCGAUCUCCACGGAGUUAACUAAGCAAAUACACUCGGAAAGUCGAAAGUCCACUGUCCUUCACGUGGAAGGUACACCGGAAUGGGAUCUCCCUUAUAGAUACUCCUCCUGGACUAAGCUCAUUCGAGUGACAGCCUACGCCUACAGAUUUAUAUCCCGCUCCGCUAAACAAAGGAAUUUUGAAGCUAAUGUUGCGUUGUCUCUAAACGCGGACGAACUUAAACGCGCGGAAAUGUUUUGGCUCUCAUAUACGCAGAGGAAGUCGUUCGACUCCGAACUCAAAGCAUUAAAGAGAGAAGAAAACCUUCCGCGAAAGAGCCCACUGAAGCCUCUUAAUCCUUUUAUAGGAAAAGAUUCCUUACUACGUCUCGGCGGGCGGUUACGGAAUUCCGCACUAUCCUUCGAGGAACAACACCCUAUCUUAAUUCCUCGGGGUCGAGCUAUCCACAUAGAGCUCGUUGAGGAUUAUUCCUCUGCGAGAUUUAUAGCGGCCUUUCGAAGAUUCGUUAGUCGACGAGGAUUGCCACAAAAACUCUACAGCGACAACGGCACGAACUUUCACGGGGCGGACCGGGAAUUAAAAACGGCUUUUGACAAAUUGACAAACGACAUUUCGCUACGAGCCACUCUUGCAAACGACCGAGUGGAAUGGCAUUUCAUUCCAGCCGCAGCACCGCACUUCGGCGGUCUGUGGGAAGCGGGAAUAAAGAGUCUAAAAACGCACUUGAAAAAGGUAGUGGGUCCGCGUACCUUGUCUCAGGUCGAAUUUGCAACACUACUUUGCAGAGUCGAGGCAUGUCUCAAUUCGCGUCCCAUUGCUGCGUUAAACGACGACCCGAGCGAUUGUUAG